GCUCGGAGAAGGAAAAUGACACGUCCGCUGUGUAUCGCCCCCCUACUGCUUCUCCUCGUCAUGUCAUUAGCACCUUCCGAUGCGAGCGAUCACGACGCAGAAGAAACGGUGGAACACGAAGAUCGUCCCGAGCUUCAGCAGUGCCGUGAUUCCAAUAAAGGGAAAUGGUGCACAUGUCGAAAGCUCCUGAAGUUUGUUGAGAAACGAAUAGGUCAGGUGCUCGGCCUCUACAUUCCCCAGUGCGGUCGGUUCAAGCCGAAACUCUUCCAACCGAAACAGUGCAGCGGUGCGAAAUGCUGGUGCGUCAACCACAAAAGCGGUCGAAUUAUUCGGGGUAGCCUCCGCGAGGACCAUGAAAUGAGAACCAUCGUGUGCAAUCCACUUCUCGAUCAAAAAUGAGAGCGCGCUCAUACCAGAUUGCAAUCAACAGAGAUUUAUUGGAAUUUUU